CAUGGCGGCGGAGUGGAGCGCGCUCCUCCUCACCUGCCGGCGCGGCCAGGGCGCCGUGUCCGCCCUGCAGCGAGAGCUGGAGGUGCGGCGGCUGCGGGGCGCCCUGGGCCCGCGCCCCCCCGCGCUGCUCCUGGCCGUGGAGGACCCCUGGGCCCGCCUGGGCAGCGGCGGUGCCACCCUGAACGCCUUGCUGGUGGCGGCCGAGCACCUCAGCGCCCGCGCCGGCUGCACGGUGGUGACCGCUGACGUGCUGAGGGACGCCCGCAUCCUCAUCCUGCACAUGGGCCGCGACUUCUCCUUCGACGACUGCGGCCGCGCCUUCACCUGCCUGCCCGCGGAGGAGCCCGGCGCCCCGGCCGAGGCGCUGGUCUGCAACCUGGACAGCCUGCUGGGGACCAUGACACACCGGCUCUGUGUGGGCUCCCCGCCUGGCGUCUGGGUCUGCAGCACCGACAUGCUCCUCACCGUGCCCUCGGCACCAGGGAUCAGCUGGGAUGGCUUCCAGGGCGUCAGAGUGAUCGCGGUGCCCGGGAGCCCAGUGUAUGCCAGGAACCACGGGGUCUACCUCACUGAUGAGCAGGGGCUGGUGCGUGACAUCAUCUACAAAGGCACAGAGGCCCGGAUCCAGCAGUGUGCAGGGCCUGAUGGCACCGUCCCACUGGUCUGUGGGAUUGUUUUCUUCUCCUCGGAUGCUGCUGAGCAGCUUCUGGCCACCCACGUCAUCCCUCCUCUGGAUGCCUGUACCUACAUGGGGCUGGACUCAGGGGCACCUCCCAUCCAGGUGACAGUCCCUCCAUGGGGGAUGGGACCCCUUGCCACAUGGGUGCCUCCUCUGUGCAUCUCUGUAGGAUCUAUUUGCACCCACAGCGCCAGAUUUGGAUGGGAGAAAUGGUGGGAGGGAGCAUCCAGUAGUAGGUUGGCUGCACCUGACAAGUCCCUUCUCUCCCAGCUCUCCCUCUUUUUUGACAUUGUGCUGAGCAUGGCAGGGGGGAUGACGGAGGAGGAUUUUGUGAAGGGCGGCAGCGAUGCCAGCGUGAGGAGCGCCCGCUCCGUGCUGUGGACAGCUCUCCGUGGCUUCCCUCUUAGCAUGGCCUGCAUCCCUGAUGCGUCCUACGACUACAUGACCACCUCUGCAAGUGACCACAUCCGCAGCCUGACUCUCCUGCCUGGCUCUGCCAGUCACCUCCGCUUCUGCAAGACAGCCCAUUCCCACGUGGAUCAGCCCCGUCUCCUGGAGGAUGGCUCUUCAGUCACCAACUGCCUGCUGGAAGGAGCUGUGGGGCUGGCAGCUGGCAGUGUCAUACAGCACUGUCACCUCCAGGGUCCCCUGGAGAUCGGUCCUGGCUGCCUCCUCUCGGGCCUCGACGCAGACUCCUCCCCAGCCCUGCGGGGCUGUCCCCUGCGUGACGUUGUCCUGCAGGGCCACCACGUCCGGCUGCGUGACCUGCCCUGCCGUGUGUUCACUCUCACCGGCCGCCUCGACGACUGGCAGAGCCCUGUGGAAGAGGCCACCUACCUGAAUGUGCCCUGGCCUGAGUUUUUCCAACGCACUGGCAUACGGGAAGGGGACCUUUGGGACGCCGAGACGCCGCGGAGGAGCCGCUGCCUGCUGAGCGCGCGGCUGUUCCCGGUGCUGCACGCCUGCCAGGCGCUGGGGCUGCAGGACGUGCUGUGGCUGCUGGCCCCGGCCGGGGGGGCGGAUGAGCGGCUGGCACACUGGCGGACGGCCUGGCGCAUGUCCUGGCAGGAGCUGCUGCCCUGCCUGGACAUGGCGGCCGAGCUGGGCACCCGCCAGGCCCUUUUCUUCCUGCAGGGCCAGCGCAAGGUGCGGCGGGUGCUGCUGGGGCACCAGGACAGCAGCCUCCUGCCAUUGGCCCGUAGUGCCGUCCACGAGGGCUACCAUGAGGCUGUGCUGGGCACGCUGGAUGAAGUUGCCUCCACGGCUGGUGACGCUGGUGUUGCCGCACGAGCGCUCGCCUGCAUCGCCGAGGUCCUGGGCUGCAUGGCACGAGGGGAAGGGGGCUUGCGGAGCGGCCCUGCUGCCAACAGGGAGUGGGCCUCGGCUUUUGGGUGCCUGGAGCGUGGGGACAUUGCCAGCGGUGUCCGGGAGCUGGCUGCCGAGCGGCAGAAAUGGAUGAGCCGGCCGGCUCUGCUGGUGAGAGCGGCUCGGCAUUACGAGGGGGCCGAGCAAAUCCUGGUGCGGCAGGCGGUGAUGUCCUCGUGCCAGUUUGUCACCGUGGGGCAGUCAGAGCUGCCACCCUUGGGGCACUGGGUGCAGGUGGCUUGUCCAGCCCGCCUGGACCUCUCUGGUGGCUGGAGUGACACCCCCCCCAUCACCUACGAGCACGGGGGGGCCGUGGUGGACGUGGCGGUGCUGGUGGACGGGUGCCGGCCCAUCGGUGCCCGGGUGCGGCGCAUCCCCACGCCGGAGCUGCGCCUCGUCAGCCUCAGCGGGGCCCCACCGAGCCAGGCGGUGACGGAGCUGGUGUGCCAGGAGCUGGAGCACCUACAGGAUUACUGCCAGCCACAUGCACCAGGAGCCUUGCUCAAAGCUGCCUUCAUCUGCACCCAGGUCGUGCAGUUCCCCUCACAGAAACCCUUGCGGGUCCAGCUGAUGGAGAGUUUUGGGAGUGGCUUCGAAGUGCACACCUGGUCCAAGCUGCCCCACGGGUCUGGCCUGGGCACCAGCAGCAUCCUGGCAGGAGCGGUGAUGGCAUCGCUGUACCGGGCGGCUGGGAAGGCUGCCAGCACCGAGUCCCUCAUCCACGCCGUGCUGCACCUGGAGCAGAGGCUCACAACAGGUGGUGGUUGGCAGGACCAGGUUGGUGGGCUUGUCCCUGGCAUCAAAAUCGGAAGGUCGAAGGCCCAGUUGCCCCUCAGGGUGGAAGUGGAGCAGAUCCCGGUGCCUGACGGUUUUACCCAGACCCUCAGUGAUCACUUGCUGCUGGUGUACACAGGGAAGACUCGCCUGGCCCGCAACCUGCUCCAGGAUGUGGUGAGGAACUGGUAUGCCAGGCUGCCCUCCAUCGUGCAAAACACUGAUGCACUGGUGAGCAACGCUGAGGAGUGUGCCCAGGCCUUGAGGCAAGGUGACCUGCCGCUCAUUGGCAAGUGUCUGGACCGCUACUGGCAGCAGAAGAAGGUCAUGGCCCCUGGGUGUGAGCCGCUGGCCGUGGGGCACAUGAUGGACACCCUCCGGCCCCACGUCCACGGGCAGUGCUUGGCCGGGGCCGGCGGUGGUGGCUUCCUUUACGUCCUAACCAAAGCCCCGCGGCAAAGAGAGGCUUUGCAGCAGAUCCUCGCUGGCACGGAGGGGCUGGGCAACUUCAGCAUCCACAGCAUCGAGGUGGACACAGGUGGUUUCUCCGUGGAGGUUGUGGGAUGUGAUACGAAGGAUGGUGCUCACCCUGGAGAGGACAGGGCUGUGUGAAGGCCUUCAGCCCUGGCUAGUUCCUGGCAGAUACACAGGAAAUCCUCACUGCUUUAGGGGCAGCUCCAGCAGGUGCCUUAGGUCUUGAUAUGGCCUUUUGUGCUACUGCUUGCCCCAAAAGCCACAGAGGCUGGAGAAGCUGUGAUGAGCUGGGCAGGCACAAUUCUCCUUGGAGGAUGGCCUUGCUGGAAGGACAGUUUGCAAGGGCCUCCAGCCUGAUUUUGCAGUUUCACUCCAGUUUUUACUGUUCUCCAAAGGGAAAAGACUAGCAUUUGUGAUGCUGCCUCUGGCAGGAACCUUCCUGCUCUUCCAGCACCAGGGACCCACACUGCCUGUUCAGCACACAAUGCUCCUGCACCAAGGAUGCACCUGGAUGUGGAAUCAAGACCCUCUCCUGUCCUGAGGGACUAUUUCAGCAUUGAUAUAGUGAAUAAUGAAAGCAAGCUACUAAUUCCUGCAGUCAGUCUGAAUAAAAGAGCUUGUUCCCAG